AUGUCAUCUCAAACUAAGUUCAAGAAAGACAAAGAGAUCAUAGCAGAAUAUGAAACUCAAGUAAAAGAAAUCCGUACCCAGUUGGUGGAACAGUUCAAAUGUCUGGAACAACAAUCCGAAUCCCGGCUGCAGCUCCUGCAGGACCUCCAGGAGUUCUUCCGCAGAAAGGCUGAGAUAGAGCUGGAGUACUCCAGGAGUCUGGAGAAACUGGCAGAACGAUUUUCUUCCAAGAUCCGCAGCUCCAGAGAACACCAUCAAUUCAAGAAGGAUCAGCACCUCCUUUCCCCGGUGAAUUGCUGGUAUCUAGUUUUGACCCAGACUCGGCGAGAGAGCAGAGACCAUGCUACCCUGAAUGACAUCUUCAUGAACAAUGUCAUUGUCCGCCUCUCGCAGAUCAGCGAAGACGUCAUCAGGCUCUUUAAGAAGAGUAAAGAAAUUGGUCUACAGAUGCAUGAAGAACUCUUGAAGGUCACCAAUGAGCUAUACACAGUGAUGAAAACCUACCACAUGUACCACGCGGAAAGCAUCAGCGCUGAGAGCAAGCUGAAGGAAGCAGAGAAGCAGGAGGAAAAGCAGUUCAACAAGUCUGGGGACAUCAGUGUCAACCUGCUGCGGCACGAGGACAGGCCUCAACGCCGGAGCUCCGUCAAGAAGAUUGAGAAGAUGAAGGAGAAGAGGCAAGCCAAAUAUUCUGAAAACAAGCUGAAGUGCACUAAAGCCAGGAACGAUUAUCUGCUGAACCUGGCAGCCACAAAUGCAGCCGUCAGUAAAUACUACAUCCACGAUGUCUCUGACCUCAUUGAUUGUUGUGAUCUGGGAUUCCAUGCCAGCCUAGCUCGGACUUUCAGGACAUACCUGUCUGCUGAAUAUAACCUAGAAACCUCACGCCAUGAGGGCCUGGACAUCAUUGAGAAUGCGGUGGACAACCUGGACGCACGGAGUGACAAGCAUACAGUCAUGGACAUGUGCAACCAGGUCUUCUGCCCUCCACUGAAGUUUGAAUUCCAGCCUCACAUGGGGGAUGAGGUAUGUCAGGUGAGCGCCCAACAGCCUGUGCAGACGGAGUUGCUCAUGCGAUAUCACCAGCUGCAGUCUAGACUUGCCACUCUCAAGAUAGAGAAUGAGGAGGUACGAAAAACUCUGGAUGCCACUAUGCAGACCUUGCAGGACAUGCUGACGGUGGAAGAUUUCGAUGUUUCCGAUGCCUUCCAGCAUAGUCGCUCCACUGAGUCAGUCAAAUCAGCCGCUUCAGAGACCUACAUGAGUAAAAUAAACAUUGCCAAGAGGAGAGCCAACCAACAGGAAACUGAAAUGUUCUAUUUUACGAAAUUUAAAGAGUAUUUGAAUGGCAGUAACCUUAUCACCAAGCUCCAGGCUAAACAUGACUUACUGAAGCAGACUCUUGGAGAAGGUGAAAGAGCUGAAUGUGGCACAACCAGGCCCCCAUGUCUUCCCCCUAAACCACAGAAAAUGAGGAGACCUAGGCCUCUCUCAGUCUAUAAUCAUAAACUCUUUAACGGCAAUAUGGAAACGUUCAUUAAGGAUUCAGGACAGGCUAUCCCACUUGUAGUUGAAAGCUGCAUCCGAUACAUCAAUUUAUAUGGUCUUCAGCAACAGGGUAUUUUUAGAGUUCCUGGGUCUCAGGUUGAAGUCAAUGACAUCAAGAAUUCAUUUGAAAGAGGUGAAGACCCUCUUGUUGACGAUCAAAAUGAACGUGAUAUUAAUUCGGUUGCUGGGGUCUUAAAGCUGUAUUUCCGAGGACUGGAAAACCCACUGUUUCCUAAGGAAAGGUUUCAAGAUUUGAUAUCUACUAUAAAAAUGGAGAACCCUGCAGAAAGAGUGCACCAGAUCCAGCAAAUCAUCAUUACUCUGCCCCGAGCCGUCAUUGUUGUCAUGAGAUACCUCUUUGCUUUCCUCAAUCACUUGUCACAGUACAGUGAUGAGAACAUGAUGGAUCCCUACAACCUGGCCAUCUGCUUUGGACCAACUUUGAUGCACAUUCCAGACGGACAGGAUCCGGUGUCCUGCCAAGCCCAUGUAAAUGAGGUCAUCAAAACCAUCAUCAUAAAUCACGAGGGCAUCUUCCCCAACCACAGAGAGCUGGAAGGACCUGUGUAUGAGAAAUGCAUGACUGGAGGGGAAGAGUAUUGCGACAGCCCCCACAGCGAGCCGGGCACCAUUGAUGAAGUGGACCAUGACAACGGCACAGAGCCGCACACCAGCGACGACGAAGUGGAACAGAUUGAAGCAAUAGCGAAGUUUGACUACAUUGGCCGGUCCCUGCGAGAGCUCUCCUUUAAGAAAGGAGCCUCACUCCUCUUGUACCAUCGUGCAUCGGAGGACUGGUGGGAAGGGCGCCAUAACGGUGUGGAUGGUCUCAUACCACAUCAGUACAUAGUUGUACAAGACAUGGAUGAUGCAUUCUCCGACAGUUUGAGUCAGAAGGCAGACAGCGAGGCAAGCAGUGGACCCUUGCUGGAUGAUAAAGCCUCAUCAAAGAAUGACAUCCAGUCUCCGACAGAUCAUAUUCCAGACUAUGGAUUUGGGGGAGUAAUGGGCCGAGUAAGGUUGAGAUCUGAUGGCGCAGCCAUCCCUCGUCGUCGGAGUGGAGGGGACACUCAUAGCCCCCCAAGGGGCAUGGGUCCUGGUAUAGACACCCCUCCUCGAGCAGCAGCAUGUCCUAGCAGCCCCCACAAAAUACCACUCAACAGAGGCAGGAUUGAGAGCCCUGAGAAGCGCAGAAUGGCCACGUUUGGCAGCGCUGGCAGCAUCAAUUAUCCAGACAGGAAGGCCUUGUCUGAUGGCCACCCACUGAGAUCGACCUGUGGGUCUACUCGGCACAGUAGUCUUGGAGAUCAGAAAUCUCUGGAAGCGGAAGCACUUGCGGAGGACAUUGAGAAGACCAUGAGCACCGCUCUGAAUGAGCUGCGUGAGCUCGAGAGACAGAACACUGUGAAGCAGGCCCCUGAUGUCGUCCUUGACACCCUGGAGCCAAUGAAAACUCCUCAGGGGGGCUCUGUCAACUCAGAACCUGCCAGCCCACUUCACACCAUCAUGAUCCGAGACCCUGAUGCCGCCAUGAGGCGCAGCAGUAGCUCCACCACUGAAAUGAUGACUACUUUUAAACCAGCCCUCUCAGCCCGGCUUGCUGGGGCUCAACUUAGGCCUCCACCCAUGAGACCCGUCAGACCGGUGGUUCAACACCGAUCAAGCAGUAGUAGCAGUUCAGGAAUGGGCAGUCCUGCAGUGACGCCUACAGAGAAGAUUUUCCCCAAUAGCUCCUCGGAUAAAUCAGGCACCAUGUAG